CCGCGCUGAGGAAAAAGGAAGGAGAGAAAAAAGAAAGGGAUAACGAAUCAAAGCCGCAUAACAAUAUGAGAGGAGGGGAGAUAAGAGUCUAAAUCGACCACCAUCAGCGCUGACGUCCAGCGUUGGCAGAUGCGAGCAGUUUCCUCUCCGGCUCUCAGCAUCCAAUUACAAUGGACGAGCUGAGCCUGUGUGGACUCUAAACCGCUGCCCAGUCAGUCAGGAGCGAGCGAGUGGAGAGAAAAGCGUGCAGGAAGGGAGGCAAACAAUGCUGUGGCUCAUUUAUCUGCAGUGAUUUGAAGUGGGAUUCAUUUUUUUGGGUCUUUUUUUUAAAUUUUAUUUUGAAAUUUGUCUUUCGCAAGUCGCUCGAGGAGCCUAUAUCAAGUGGAGAUAACGGUUCUGUCUCUGAGGGUCUUCUGUAAAACCACCAUGGUGCUCUUGCAGUUCUGCCGACUGGUCCUAAUUAUCGCGGCCAUCAUCCCUCGACCGGCGGCGGGAUGUCCCUCCGGCUGCCGCUGCUACAGCCUCACCGUGGAGUGCGGAUCUCUCGGGAUCAAAGAAAUCCCACACGGCGUCUCUUCUGUGACCGAGACCAUCUUCCUCCAGGACAACGCGAUAGUGCAGAUCCGUCUUCAGGACCUGACUCGCCUUGGCAGCCUGCAUUACCUCUACCUUCAGAAUAAUAGCAUCUCAGCCCUUGAGCCCGGGGCGUUUCUCAGCCAGGGGCAGCUGCUGGAGUUGGCCCUCAACGGAAACCUGAUCCACCUGGUCACCCCGGACAUGUUCCGGGGUCUGGAGCACCUUCGGAUCCUGUACCUCGCAGGGAACCAGAUCACCCGAGUGCAGGACUUCACCUUUAGGGGACUGCAGCGUUUGCAGGAACUCCACCUGCAGGAGAACAGCAUCGAGCUGCUGGGAGAGCAGGCUCUGUCGGGCUUGUCAUCUCUGGCUCUGCUGGACCUCAGCAGAAAUCACCUCCGCACGCUGGGAGCCUCGUCCCUCAAACCGCUGGUGAGCCUGCAGGUGCUCCGUGUGACAGAGAACCCGUGGCGCUGCGACUGUGCUCUCGGCUGGCUGAGGACUUGGAUCAGCGAGGAAGGACAGCGUCUGCUGAGCUCCGCCGAGCAGCGCCGGCUGAUGUGCUCCGAGCCGCCGCGCCUCUCCCACCUCAGCCUGGUGGAGGUGGCGCCCAACAGCCUGGUUUGCAUCCCGCCCGUGGUGCAGCUGGAGCCCAGCCACCUCACCGUGCGACUCGGGGAGAGCCUCCGAGUCUCCUGCCAGGCCUCGGGCUACCCUCAGCCCCAGGUGACCUGGAAGAAGGCCUCCCACGGGAAGGCCCAGUUGUCCCCUCGCGGUUUGGUCCAAGAGCUGGGCCCCAACGGGGAACUCUUCCGGCCGGGAGCGGGAGGCGUGGUGACGGCGUUGCCCAGCAGCGGAGGCAUCAAAGUCGGGGGUGUUGGAGGAAUCCAGGGGCUUGUUCGUGGUACCGAGGAAGGCGGCGAGAGGGACAGCUUUGAUCCAGACAUGGGCAGCGGCAUGCUGUUCCUUAGCAACGUGACCGUAUCGCACGCCGGUCGCUACGAGUGUGAAGCCUGGAACCCCGGCGGCGUCGCCAGGGUUACCUUCCAUCUGGCCGUCAACAUGUCGUCUUCGUCGUACUCCUCGCAGUUCUGGCCUCGUUUGAACAUGCACUCCUUCGUCUCCUCCUCGUCCAACUCCUUCUACCAGCCGGAGGUUCUGGACGUCAGCCAGGAGCUGCUCUACGAACAAGACAGCAUGGACUUUUAUGCGCUCGGCGCGGCCACGCAGACCGCCAUCGCCGUCGGCAUCUCCCUGCUGGCGCUGACCGCCGUCCUGCUCUUGAUCAUGAUCUACACCCGCCACCAGCAGUACCGCAAAGAAGAAGGAGGCUCCUACUGCACCAGCAAGGAGGAGAGCAUCCUGUACGUGAACGACUACUCCGACGGGCCGACCACCUUCGCGCAGCUGGAGGAGUACCGCGACGACCACGGCCACGAGAUGUACGUACUCAACAGGACCAAGCCCGUCCUGGGGUCCACCUCGUCCAGGUGUCCCAUGAUGAGCGGCUUCGUCCAACAGAAGGGCAUGAAGGAGGCUCUCCUGGACCACGAAAUGGUGCAAACACUGACCAGAUCGGGGGGAAUGGGGCUCCGCAGAAACCCGGCAGACGGAGGCGAGGGGCCCCUAACGACGGACCCGGAGGAGCUCUUCCUCAGCCAGAGCCUCCUCUUCGGAUCACAGGUUGCCUACGAGAUCCACUGCUAAGGGGUUUUAAUUGCGUUAUAAUAAAACAAUGUUGAUAGACUUAAUUAAAGACAUUAAAGGAAAUCACCUUGGUGCAAUGAUUUGCAUCAGAUUAUUAUGUGGGCUUCAAUAGAGUGUCAGUUAGUGGUUGCUGGGGGAAACCGGGAUCACAAUCAGCCUCUCGGAGACCCUCAUCUGAUUGAUUGUAUGGCGUUAUUAAGAUGGGUAAAGAUUAGGGAACAUAAAAUACCUUGCCAUCCCCCCGAAUAAACCCUUUAAAGAUAAUUAUGAGUGGCUAACUUUAUCAGAAAUGGUUUGUAUGACUAAAGCAACCUGGUCUCACAGGAAUCCGUGAAAUAGCCACAGAUUUGCUUAACUCAAAAUCCGUGGAAUAGCCACGGAAUCACUCAAAUUUCUGUGAAACUGACACGGAUUUCACUACAAUGCAGGUUAAUGACAGUCAUAUCCCGUGGCUAUUCCAACAUACAAAGUGAUUAUGUACAUUCACUGAGUGAAUAUUUAGAAAAUAAAACAUAUAUUUCUCGCUAGAAAUGUGAUCAAAAUCCAUUUUUAUGCAGAAACUAAGUCAAAAUAUUGAUUAUUUUUCACUAAAAAUGAGAGAACUGUCCGCCAUGUUUUUUGUUCUGACCGCCGGGACCUUGAAAGUCACGUGACUUGGAACACGAAUAGCCACGGGAUAUGACUGUCAUUAACUUGCAUUGUAGCGAAAUCCGUGUCAGUUUCACGGAAAUUUGAGUGAUUCCGUGGCUAUUCCACGGAUUCCUGUGAGACCAUGUUCGACUAAAUCCUGGCAAAAAGAGGCUGAGACUGUGCAGCACAUAGUGAAAACUAACAUAUGAUUUGAUUCUUUUUCUUUUUGUUCUGUUUUUGUGUGUUCUGUCAGUGUUUCGUGUAAAUAUAAUGAAGCUAAUUUUCACUGUGAAGUACAGAUGUUCUGUGGACCUUGUUACCAUUAGAGUUAGAUCCGAGCAGAUCCUCCUACUGAAGCGACAUUGUCAUUGCCCAUAUGUGUGAGUGGGCGUGGGUGGGUGGAUUUGUGCAGGAACAGGUUCAUUUGAGUGCAAUGCCAAGUGGUUUUUUUUGUUUGUUUUUUUAAACAUUUCUACCAUAGCAUCCUUGAUGUUAACAUGUCGUGUUUUUUCUACUUAUUUGUCGAAAACACUAGAACGAGAAAUUAACAUUUCUGUUGUCUGAAAUGAAAUCUUUUUUGUGCAGUUAAUGCCAUUAACAUCAGUCUGUAACAAUGUGAAUAUUGUACAUUUUUGUCUUCGGUUUCUACAUAAUAAAAUGUAUUUUAAAAGA